AUGCUGUUGACUAUUAUUCUUAGCUGCAUCGGCGCACUUGCCGUGUUAACUAUUUUGAUUUAUCUCUAUCGGCCGAUCUAUCGCCCGAAAUAUCUGGACGAUUUAUACGAUUGCCAUGUAAUUAUUACGGGCGGAUCGAGUGGCAUUGGAAAAGAACUAGCUAGACAGUUACUUCACGAACAUGGAGCACGCGUGACUAUCUUAGCACGGAAUCGUGAACGUUUAGAAGAAUGUCGACGAGAUUUGACACCGAAUUCAAGUGAUCGUCUUCUCUGUUUGUCUGUGGACAUUUCACAAUCGUAUGAGCAAGUUGAACAAGCUGUACAACAAUCGAUUCGUCAUCAUCUCGAUAAAUCCGUGGACAUUCUCAUUAACAAUGCGGCGAUAUUUUUUGCACGACCAUUUCAUCAAACAAAACCAGAAGAAUUCGAAGAAAUGAUGAGAAUCAAUUAUCUAGGUAGCAUUUAUUGUACACAAGCGUGUCUCCCAUCGAUGCGACGUCGCGGUUCGGGUCGAAUCGUUUUACUAUCCUCACAAGCUGGUCAACUUGGUGUAUUUGGUUAUACAUCUUAUUGUUCGACGAAAUUUGCUCUGAGAGGUUUAGCGGAGUCACUUCAAAUGGAAUUAGCACGAGAAAAUAUCUAUAUAACGAUGGUUUACCCGCCGGAUACGGAUACACCAGGUUUCAAAGAAGAAAAUAAAAGCAAACCGAGAGAAACACAAAUGAUCAAUGAAACAUCAGGUGUUCUAACAGCUGAUGUUGUUGCUAAGAAGAUCAUUCGUGCCACAAGACAAGGCUCGUUCACAUGUUCCUACGGUUUAAACGGUGCUCUACUCACUUGUUUAACAUGUGGUGCUCAACCAGUUACUACAAUCAGGGAAAUUAUUGGGCAAUCUUUGUUUACUAGUUUAUUGAGAUUAAUUAUGUUAAGAGUGAUCAAUUCGUUUUAUAAAUUAAAGCUCAUCGCUGUACUUCUUUUCGUUUUCUUCCCAGUUUACACUGGUCUCAGUUGUUAUAUCCAUUCAUCAGAUUUAACAAGUUGCAAUAAUCCCUUCAAUUCAACCACUUACAAUGCUGAAACGUUUAGCUCAGUGGCGAAUGUAUAUUGUGCUAAAGUACAUGUGACCAGUUUACUCGUAUCUUAUUAUGGCUCAUCAAGUUGUUCAGCUACUCCUCUUGCAUCCGGUGUUAUGGUAGCUUGCUGUCAAGCCGAUCUAUGCAAUGACGUAAAUGCGAACUAUCAAGUUUCGACAUUACUUAUUUUCGGUUCGCUUACCGUCCUGCUGAAGUUUUACUGA